AUGCCUCGUUUGCCGUGUGUUUACUCAGACUUCUUCUACGGCCCUCUGACUGAAGAUGUGGAGGAGCUACUGGGACGCUUCCAGCAGAUAGACUCAGUCAGGUAUGAGGAUUUUUCAGCCCUCUGGAGGGAGAUGGGCUUCUCCGAUCUCUUCAUUGGCACCAUCAACGCGGGUGAACUAAAGCGGUUCUGCAGGGUGACUCUGGCCACAGCUGUAAAGUACUUCCUACCUCCAUACAGCUACCAGAUCCGAGUGGGGGGCUUGUACCUGAUGUUUGGUUUCUACCACACGCAGCUCGCUGAACCACCUGUGAUGAUCCGGCUCGCUCUGAAGGACUGGACCCACGUGCAAGCCUUCCUCAAGGAAUCUGUAGAAUCCGGCCAUCUUGAUGUAGUUUAUAUCUACAGGAAGCUUGUGGCAUCCAAAGCCAUCCACUACACAGCCAUGCCGCAUUUUCUGACCUUCCAGAAGCAGCAGAAGCCAAAGAAGGAGCAUGUGUGCCCUGAGUUUCUGAGCAGGACAACUGCGGUGCGUGAGCUCAUCAGUGCAGACACCCUGGAAGAGAUGGCCAACCUCCAGAGCCUGUACGAGAAGCUGAAGGAGACCACCAAGGAUGUGGGUUCCCAGAUCACCAUGACCCACAGAGACUUCACCUCACGCCUGAGAGACUGCAUGUCAGAGUUCAUCACCUGGCAGAACAAAACUUUCACCUCACAGCUACUCAAAGACAAGAAGGAAAGAGAUGAUGAAGAAGAAGAAGAGGAGGAGGAAGAAGAAGAAGAAGAAGAUGAGAAGGAGUCCUGCAGCAAAAGAGCGAGGCUUCUGUCCUCCAUCAAGCAGAAGAGCUACAGCAAUGUUCAGAAGGCGCCCAAGUCCAGGAGGCACCGGCAGGGUGAGCCAGCGGACUCAUCCAGUUUGGGGCCUGAGCAGGUCCAGCGGGUCCCACAGAAAAAAAGACCACCUUCUCUCCGGGCCCGGACCUGGAAGAACCUCGGGGUGAAACAGGAGGACAGCAACAUGCCACCCUGGCUCCUGAGUGCUCCUGAGCUGGAGGACGGGGUGCCAGUGAGGAGGACCAACCAGGCGGAGCCCUACAGGAUGUGA